UCGAAUCGUAACUACUUCACUGGCAUUCUCUCUCUUUAGCUUUUUCUCUCUCAUGGACAUGAAAAGCUUCUCAACCGUCGAUGAAAAAAUCAAUCUCGCGACCGGUGACGUUCCAGAGGAGGCGAUCCACGGCUGCCUUGACUCGCUCCGCUGUCCUUAAGCUCUGUGCCGGAAAUAUGCUGCCGGACUCCGGCGCCUUCGUCUUCCGCGCCCUCGCAUUCCUCUUCUUCAUCUCUGCCGGCGUCUUCUUCUGGUUCGUGCUCUUCCGUUCCGCCCACUAUUCCCUCUACCUCCCCUUCCCCCUCCCGCUCCCCUUUCCCCGCGCCGCCCCCUCCUCCUUCAACAACAACAACUGGCCCGCCACCUUCGGCCUCAUUCUCCCCUCGGACCCCUCCGAGGUCGGCAAUUCUCCUCCGGAAAAUGAGGAACUUAGGCUUGAAAGAGUUUUGAAGGACGCUGCCAUGGAAGAUCACACUGUUAUUUUAACAACUCUAAAUGAAGCGUGGGCAGCCCCAGAUUCAGUUAUUGAUCUUUUCCUUGAGAGCUUUAGGAUUGGAGAUCACACCCGUAGAUAUCUGAACCAUUUAGUAAUUAUUGCAUUGGAUCAAAAGGCAUUUGCUCGUUGUUUGAUUUUACACACCCAUUGCUUUACCCUUGUCACUGAAGGAGUUGAUUUCUCUGGGGAGGCAUACUUUAUGACUUCUGACUACUUGAAGAUGAUGUGGAGACGGAUUGAUUUCCUGCGGUCUGUUCUUGAGAUGGGGUACAACUUCAUUUUCUCGGAUGCUGAUAUCAUGUGGUUCAGGGACCCAUUUCCACACUUUUUGCCAAAUGCUGAUUUCCAGAUUGCAUGUGAUAAUUUCUUAGGCGACCCUUACAAUGUAAAUAACAGACCUAAUGGAGGCUUUAAUUAUGUAAAGUCAAACAACCGGUCCAUAGAGUUUUAUAAGUUCUGGUAUUCUUCAAGAGAAACCUAUCCUGGACUGCAUGACCAGGAUGUGCUUAAUAUCAUAAAAUUUGAUCCUUUUAUCAUGAAUAUUGGAUUGGAGAUGAGAUUCUUGGAUACUGCACACUUUGGGGGGCUCUGUGAACCAAGCAAAGACUUGAAUCUAGUAUCGACCAUGCAUGCAAAUUGUUGUUUUGGUUUGGAAAGCAAGCUUCAUGAUCUUAGAAUUAUGCUUCAGGAUUGGAAAGAAUAUAUGUCUUUGCCACCAAGCUUAAAGAGGUCAUCAGAAGCCACCUGGAGGGUUCCUCAAAACUGCAGUCUUGAUGCUCUUCAAUCAAUUCAGCUGUACGAUUCAAAGGACAACAAGUACCUUCAAACAGGAUAGAAGGAUUGAAAUUAGAAUUGAGCAUAUGCAGUCAGAUCUCUCUCCCUGGAACCGUUUCAUGUUCUGUGGGGAUGUUUAAGGCCAUGCACUGGGAUAAAGAGAGUUACCAAACCCGUGAGAAGUUCAAAACAAACUGAUAUCACACACAGGUAGAAUACCUGAUGCCUCUGAAUAAAGGUCUCCUUUUGAAUUUUGUCAGUCUGUAAAUCUAAUGUGGCACCAUUGAUAAUGAAUUUUGAUUGAUGCUGAAGUUUUAGAGAA